CUGAUCUGUUUCUCUCUCUAAAGCUCUGUAGAGUUGGAGAGAGAAAGCGUGUAUGAGAUUAAGAUUGGAUUAGAUUAAGAUAAUAAUAACUGCGAACGAGAUUGAUUGAUAAUAGUAAUACUGAAUAGUCUCUCAGGUUUUCAGCUGAAGAAAACUCUGUAUGUAACCUAAAAAAAAAUCCAAUCUUUUUCUCUCUCUCUCUUUCUCUCCAUAUAUAUAUAUUUUGUUAAUAUAUAUAUAAAAAAUUAAAAUCUGGGCAUCUUAAAAAGGGCCAAGAAUUCUCUAAUAUUUUUAUUUUUGACCUCCAAAUGCACAUGGCUUCUUGGGUUUCUCUUCUCUUCUCUUCCACAUUUGUUUUUCCUUCUUUCUUUUUUUGUAAUUUUUAGUUUUUCUUUUACAUCACAUGCUCUGCUCUCUCUCUCUCUCUCUCUCUCUCUAAUUCAAUAGUAUUGAAAGCUUUUGACUCAUCAGUUGAAGAGAUUCCCCAGAUCUACAGUGAAAGUUUUAACCAUUCCCAUCUUCAGUUUCUUCUUCUUCUUCUUCUUCUGGUUUAGACUUUAGAACAAAGCUUCAGGUUCUUUACUGUGAGGCCUUUUCAUUCAUUCAAAAACAAAAAAGGUAUCAAACUUGUUCCACAAAUUGUUGGGGAAUUGAAUGAGGACCAGAGAUUAUUGACAUGGGAUUUUGUGUAAGAUUACUUUAGAUGAAUAACACUAGAGUUUGGGUUGAAACAGAGAGAGUUAUAGCCAAAGUUUCGUGUUUUUGUGAGCUGUUUUUGGACAGUAAAUUAGUUGAACUUGAAUGAUACCAUCAGUUAAACUUUCAUGGUUUGCGAGAUGGAGGAGACCGAUCAUCGAAUCGAAGAAAUGGACAUCGAAAUCCUGCCUUCUAUGUGGCCUGAAGAUAUUGGAUUUGAUGCUGGAAAACAGUUCAAUGUGGAGAGACCAGGACAAGAUCAAGACAUGUUAGAAGAAGUUACAAUAAUGGACGAGCCAACCAUAGUUGAUUUCCAGAGACUUAUAGAGCUAACCAACUACAGCGAAAAGGGCUCUUCUCAGUUAACAUACCUUGUUAAACACUGGGAGUACAAACAAGCCAAUGCUGUGAGGUUGUUAAGAGAAGAGCUUGACAUAUUAAGCAAGCAAAGGGAGGAAGUUGAGCUCAAGAAGUUGGAGAUUUUGGAAGAGCAUAGAUUCGAAGAAGACACUUAUGGCGAUAAACGUCCUAUUUCGAUUCUAGAUGGUGUUUAUGACAUAUGGCCGCCUGUUCCUCGUGUUAGAAACGAUGUUGUUGUUCAAAACAAGAGUGUUGAGAUUGAUGCUGAGUAUGACACUGUUGUGUAUUGGAAACAAAGAGCUUUGCAUUUGGAGAAGCGUUUGCAGGCUAGUGUGGAUAGAGAGAAUGCUCUUGUUGAGAAGUUGGAGGAAAGCAUCAAAGAUCUCGAGAGGCAAUCCUCACCGGUUGAAGAACUGUCUCAGAUUUUGAAGAGAGCAGAUAAUUUCUUGCACUUUGUGCUUCAGAAUGCUCCUGUUGUUAUUGGUCAUCAGGACAACGAAUUGCGGUACCGGUUUAUCUAUAAUCACUUCCCAAGUUUGCACGAGCAGGAUAUUAUAGGGAAAACAGAUGUAGAAAUUUUUACCGGAGCAGGUGUCAAAGAAUCUCAAGAUUUCAAAAGAGAAGUUUUGGAGAAGAAAUUGCCAGCAAAAAGGGAGAUCACUUUUGAGACAGAAUUGUUUGGUUCAAAGACUUUUUUGAUAUAUGUUGAACCAGUCUUUAGCAAGUCAGGAGAGACUAUUGGUAUUAAUUAUAUGGGGAUGGAUGUUACUGAUCAAGUGAGAAAAAGAGAAAAGAUGGCAAAGGUAAGGGAAGAAUUAGCAGUACAAAAAGCCAAAGAAACAGAAUUGAACAAAACUAUUCACAUAACAGAGGAGACAAUGAGAGCAAAGCAAAUGCUGGCAACAAUGUCUCAUGAGAUAAGAUCUCCACUCUCUGGAGUUGUAAGCAUGGCUGAGAUUCUUACCACCACAAAGCUCGACCGCGAGCAGCGUCAGCUGUUGGAAGUCAUGUUAUCUUCGGGAGAUUUGGUCCUCCAACUGAUUAACGACAUCCUUGACCUUUCUAAGGUCGAGUCAGGAGUAAUGAAGUUGGAGGCUACAAAAUUUCAUCCGAGAGAGGUAGUAAAGCAUGUUCUCCAGACUGCUGCAGCAUCCUUGCAGAAAGUUUUGACUUUGGAAGGGCAUGUUGCAGAUGAUGUUCCUAUUGAGGUCAUUGGAGAUGUUCUAAGAAUUAGGCAAAUUCUUACAAAUUUGAUCAGCAAUGCAGUGAAGUUUACUCAUGAAGGGAAAGUUGGGAUAAAACUUUAUGUGGUACCAACUCCAUCAUGGGGAAGAGAAGAAGGGUGUAAUGAGCAGUUUAAUGCUGAGCAAUCAACAUCUCCAGAAAAUGGUGUUAAAGAGGAAAAACCAAAAUCUCAUCACAGCCAUGUAAACGGUUCUUCUUAUCAGAACCAUUCCAAUGGUGGUGAACCUAGAACUCCAAACAAGACUGAAGCCCCAAGGACUGCAGAUAUGGAUCAAGAUCAAUCUCAUUCUUCUGAAACCACAGUUUGGAUAAGAUGUGAUGUGUAUGAUACAGGAAUUGGUAUCCCAGAAAAUGCUCUGCAUACUUUGUUCAAGAGGUACAUGCAAGUUAGUGCUGAUCAUGCUCGAAAAUAUGGUGGGACUGGAUUAGGAUUGGCUAUAUGCAAGCAACUGGUUGAGCUUAUGGGGGGUCGUCUCACAGUGUCUAGCCGAGAAAAAUAUGGAUCCACAUUCACUUUUAUACUUCCUUACAAAGUUUCAAAUGGAAGUGAUAGUUCUGAUGACUCUGAUGAACUUUCUGAUAUGGCUAAUCAUGACACUGCAUCUGAUGAUGCAACCGAGAGCUAUUUCCAGUUCCAACCGCACACUUUAGGUUCUCUAUUCAAUUCCAAUGGCUCCAGUAGGACUCAGAAUCUACUACCCCACAAGAUUGGCUUUACCACCUCACAUAAACCCAACGGUUUGCCGCCUACUUCUUAUGCCUUUGCCUCUAGUGACUGCAUACCCGAAGAGACAGUUUCAGUUGUAAAAACAAUGUCAGAACCAGAAAUUUCAGCAAAUAAAGAAAAUGGAGUUUUUGAGAGGAAAAAGUGUCAAGAUAACACAAAGGAUCAGCUCCAAAAUACUGGUACAGAUCCACCAACUCAUAAUGCAGAGGCAAGUAAGGACUCAUUAGAAGUGUCACCAUGUCAAAAGCAGGGGAAAUCUGAACCAACAGUACCAUGUUCAACCUUAGAACCUAAGAUACUUCUUGUUGAAGACAAUAAGAUCAAUAUCAUGGUGGCGCAGUCGAUGAUGAAGCAACUAGGCCACAGUAUAGAAGUGGUGAACAAUGGCGCUGAAGCUGUGAAAGCAAUUCAGCGCCGCCCUUAUGGUCUUGUUCUAAUGGAUGUUCACAUGCCGGUUAUGAAUGGUCUCCAAGCUACAAGAAUAAUCCGUUCUUUUGAGGAAACUGGCAGUUGGGAAGCUGCAAAAAAAGCUGGAAUCGAACUCAGCGAUUCUUCUUUGCAAAACGGUCACGCCAUUAUGCCAUCCACAAAGCGAAUUCCCAUCAUUGCGAUGACAGCAAAUGCAUUGUCAGAGAGUGCUGAAGAGUGUUAUGAAAAUGGUAUGGACUCGUUUGUAUCAAAGCCAGUAACUUUUCAGAAGUUGAAACAGUGUCUUGAACAAUUUUUACCUCCAUAAUUUUCUAUUUUAUUGUAAAUGUCAUGCUUGUGUAUAAAAAAGUUAAAAAAGAAAAAAAUGAAGGAAAGAUGACAUGGUAGGAAAGUUUUGUAAUCAAAGUAUCAUGUUUUUCUUAGCUAUUUGCAUAUGGUUAUUGAAUUGUACAUAGCUAUACUCACUCAAAACCUUAAUGUUAGUUCAGUUUUCAAAGGAAUGAACAAACGCCGGUAGUCUAGUUGGUUGUUGGCGUCAAUUGAGUUA